AUGCCGAAGAUAGUCGAUCUUGAUGAGCUUGUAAUCAACUGGGCAUGGAAUGUAAUUCAGCAAAGGAAAAGUAAAAUUUUUCGAAGACUCGAAUUUGGAGAUCUGAAAUUUGAAGUCAACUGGGACAGAGUUCGUUUUCUUGCCGAGGAACCCGUCUACACAGAUGAGAAUAAGCUUGAAAAACAAAACUCCCAAGUUGUGUUCAAAUCUGUCUAUGAGAACACAACGGGCAACCCUCAGGAACACACCUUUCAGACAGAGAGAUGUACUGUAGCAACUUGCAAGACUACAAUGACUAAAGGGUUUACCAAGUUAGUAUAUCAUAAGUUGGACCUGAAGUUUACUCUCCCUAGUAAGAUCCUCUCAGCGACCGCAGGCUUCGGCAGGGACUUGACCAUUGAGAGUAGCGAUGAAUCCACACGCGAGGAGUCCAUUAAAUGGUCAAUUAAUAGUACAAUUAGGGUACCCGGAAGACAUCGAACAGUAGCAGAACUAGUAGUUAAGGAACAACAGUACACGGCUGCCUUCAAAACAACGGCACGAAUACGAGGUCAUGUGGUUGUCAUGGUGACUAAUCUACGCAACAACAACUCGUUUCUUCAAUGUCUGGAGCAUGACUUCAGCGAGAUUAUAAAAACACGAGAUGAUAUUAGCAAAUAUUUCACCAUCGACGAAGGGCGGACGGUCAAGUGGGAGGUCACAGGGAUGUGCCAGUUUCGAUACGGGGUGGAACAGCAUGUGCAGUUGUACGAGAGUCCGCUGGAAGCGUCCUAA